AUGGAGGACACAGAGAUCCACUCCCCUACAGUCCAGAGACGAUACGAGGAGGAAGACAUCUCACCCACCAGCGACAAAGAGCUCCGAGGAUGGUACUUCUACGGCAUCGCGGCUGAAGUGUUCGCCGUGUGUGGACCUGGAUCAUUCUUACCCGUGGUGCUCGAGCAAUUGGCUCGAGAGAAUGGUGUCCUGUGGUCGGACAGGCAGACUCCUUGCGUGGAUACCAGGAACGACCGUUCAGGGCGACUACUGAUGGGAAGAGCAGAGGGGGAGAAAAACGACCAGUGCCUGAUCAAUGUCUUGGGCGCGGAGAUCACAACGGCGAGCUUCGCCAUGUACACAUUUUCACUGGCAGUCUUAAUACAGGCGUUGGCACUGGUGUCGUUCAGCUCGGUGGCAGACUAUGGCAACAAUAGGAAGCGCUUCCUCCUCCUCUUCGCCUCCGUCGGCUCAGCCGCCGGGAUGGCUUUCAUCUUCAUGGUCCCGAGCAUCUACCUGCUGGCAACCCCUUUGGCGGUCCUCGCCAUCACCAACUUAGGCUGCAGUUUCGUGAUGCUGAACAGCUUCCUGCCCCUCCUCUCCAGCAACCACCCUUCUGUGCGGGCCCAGGAAAAGGAGCUGCUGUCCACCCCGACACCCUCACACGACCCCAACGCCCCAUCAUCCGCUGCCCCCACGACCGCCCGCUCCGCUCCCGCUCUGGCCUUCUCCAACACCGUCUCCGCCAAAGGCGUCGGUCUGGGCUACUCGGCCGCGGUCCUCGUGCAAAUCGCCAGCAUCCUUCUCCUCCUCCUAACCAGCAAGCUCACCACCUCCCGCACCGUCCCCCUGCGCCUCGCCCUCUUCCUCGCCUCCACCUGGUGGUGCCUCUUCACGAUCCCCACCUCCCUCUGGCUGCGCUCCCGCCCCGGCCCACCCCUCCCCGCCACCCUCACGCACCGCCUCGCCACGCACCCCUCCUCCCGCCUCCGCACCGCAACCACGUACCUCACCUUCGCGUGGCUCUCCAUCUUCCGCACGCUCCAACAGGCCCUCUCGCUCUCGCAGACCCGCCUCUUCCUCCUGGCCUGGUUCCUCAUGUCCGACGCCAUCGCCACCGUCGGCAGCACGGCCAUCAUGUUCGCCCGCACCGAACUGCACCUCUCCCCCACGGGCAUCGCGCUGCUCUCCGUCACCGCCACCGCCUCCGGCAUCGCCGGCAGCCUCUUGUGGCCACUGCUCGCGCACCGCUUCUUCAAGCCGCAGUCCUCCUCCUCCUCCUCCUCGCGCAACACCAUCGUCGCCUGCCUCUGCGUCAUGGAAUUCAUCCCCCUGUACGGCCUGCUGGGGUACCUGCCGCCCGUGCAAACCCUGGGGUGGCUGGGCCUGCAGCGGCCCUGGGAGAUCUUCCCGCUGGCCGUCGUGUACGGCGUCGCCAUGGGUGGGCUGAGCAGCUACUGCCGGAGUUUCUUUGGGCAGUUGAUCCCCUUUGGGAAGGAGGCGGCGUUUUACGCCCUGUUUGCCAUCACGGAUAAGGGGAGUUCGGCGAUUGGGCCGGCCGUGGUGGGGAGGAUUGUGGAUCGCACGGGCACGAUACGGCCGGCGUUUUGGUUCUUGGUCGUCUUGAUUGGGAUUCCUAUCGUGUUGGUGAGGUUUGUGGAUGAGGCGAGAGGGAGGGAGGAGGCCGGUAGGUUUGAUUUGGGGAUGGUUAUGGCGGGUGAUGGGUUGGAAAUGAUGGGUGAUUCGAUCGGUUCGAGAGGCGGAAGGCCGGAGGAGGUGCAGGGUUUGAUGGAGGGAGAGGAUAGAGAUAGGGAUAACAGAGACUGA